AACGGUUCGUUGCUAACUGGACAGUCCCUUUCUGCGUUGUGACAGUCUUUUACAGCUUUAGAUUAUACUUAGUCUCUUCAAUUUGUACAAUAUUUGCGUUGUCGUGACAUACUAAGUCUAUAUUUCUAUCCGGUUGUGGUGUUAUUACCCGGUACCAUGUCGGAUUUCAUUCUGUUAAUCCUGAUUCUUGUCCUUGUCGUGUGCAUAAUUCUGACGGUAGCGGCUUUUGUGUUGUACUCGGGUCUUUUGUCCGAAGUGGUGAUAAAGACUGGACCACCUCCGAUUAAAAAUGUCACAAUCGCGUACAAAUUCAAGGAGGGACCGUACAAGGACUGUGGAGCAGCCUAUACCGAGUCCUGCAGCAUCGGACCCAAGCUGAGCAACAUCGCGAUCUUUUACGACGACCCUAAACAGAAACCUGCAGACCAGUGCCGCUACAUCGUGGGCAGCGUCCUGAGUGAGGGAGAGGAGAAGCCCGAUGAAGAGUUACAGAAGCUCUAUGAGAAGUUUGGUUUUAAAGUUUUCUCUCUGCCUGAAGUGAGCCACGCUGUCACCUCCUCCUUCCCCUGCACCUCCCCGAUGUCCCACGUGGUCGCCCCGAACAGAGUCUACCCCCAGCUCGGCGCCUACAUCCAGGAGAGGAAGCUGAGCGCAUUCCCGUACAUAGAGAUCUGCAGUUCAGACUCCAUCCACUACAUGGUGCCGCUGUCCAGACAAACCGACUUCUUCGUCCCAGAGGUGAAGGAGGAGCCCAGGACGGACGUGAAAGAAGAAGACUCCGAUGAAGACAGAGGGACCGAUAUCACAGGUGCAGACUCCCACAGCGACGUGAGCUCGGUGAGCGGUGGCGCCCCCUGGGACAGCAGAGAAACAUCACUGGCCGCCUCCACCGCCGCCUCAUUGGCCUCCUCCCUCCCUCUACGGGACGUCCCAGAUCUGAACGAAGAACCCCAAGCGCCCAUCCACAGGGGGUCCAACGUGUCCACGGGAAGCAGCGGGUCGUCUUUUGAAGAACUGGACAUGGACAAUGACGAACAGGAAGUAGAAAAACAGGAAGAGGAAGUGGACCAACCAAACCAGGAAGUAGAGCAAGACAUUGGAGCCAAUUCAGAAGAGAAGGGGGAGGUUAUUGGAGCAGGGGAGGAGUAAAUAAGUUGAAUGUUGUAAGAAUUUGAGCGUCUGGUGGUCGUGUGUUAUGUUUAUGUCCUGGUGGAUUGACAAAGAAACAAUUAAGAAACAAUAUUUUUCUUCUUUUAGUUUUAAUAUUAAGACUUUAAAGAGUUACAGUCAGUCACAUCGUACUGACGGGCUGUUCAUUCCUGUUGAGUUGCCUUAUAAACUAUAGUGUAAUCAAUUAUAAACUAUGACGACUGGCCCCAUGUUUAAAAUAGUUGGAAAAAGUUGGUAUUUUGUAUGUUAAGUAUUGUGAAGUUUGUUUUUAAUUGGCGUGGUAUAGUACGGGUUGGGUUCAGCUGUUUUGGCUUCUGUCUUAGGGCACUGUACCCUAAAUAAGAUGAAACUGUUCAGAUCCAAACUUAUUCAUCAUUUUCGUAACAUGCUUUUCACAACUUUCAAAGGCUAAUGACUACUAGCAUGCUAACAGCGCACUUUGUUGUUCAAAUGCUCUAUAAUUAGAUGCAGACAGCACUCAGCGGUCUCUUUUUGACCCUAAGAGCUGCUUUUAUGAUAUAUACAUAUUGGAGUAAGGCUAAUUAACUGAUGACUAAUGAGUAAGUAUAAUUUUAAAAACAGGAUAAAGACAGGUACAGCCCCUUUAAAGGUCUUAUAUCACACAAAAUUGACUCUUGUGAGCUUUAAAUCGUGUUAUAAUGUUGUUACCUCCUCAAAAACAUACCUGGAGUUGCGUUUUCUUUCAUUUACACAAGUAAUCCUGGAUUAUUUGACUGUCUCUAUCUCAAAAUGCUCUGUUCCACCUUGUGAUAACUUUGAAAACGUCCGCUUCAUGACAACAACUACCUUUUACAUUUUCUUCAGUAGAGAUGGGUAAUUACCACAUGACAUCACAAGGUGGAACAGAGUGUUUUCCAUAUGAGAGAAGAAAACAGCCCAUACACAGGAUUAGUGUGUUAAAAAUGUGUGAAUGAAACAAAACACAACUCCAGGUCAGAUAACAUUACAACAUGGAUCAGAAAAUAGUGUAAUAUGGGCCUAUUAAUGUGGAGUGCAUGUGGCUGAUUGCAGUAGACUAAAGUUGCACAUGUAACAGAUUACUUUCUGAUUACUAGAUUACUUUCUGUUUGGAUGCAGGAGCUUCUGGACCGGUUGCACAGCCAAUCCAUCAGUAACUGUCAAAAAUUUGGCCAAUCUGAGCCCAGAUCGUGAUUCGAUGAAGCCCACACUGGAGGAUUACACAGCGUCUGUUUUAGGUUGUUUUCUAAUCAAUAUUUUUAUAGAAGGUUAAAAAUAAACUCAGAGGGAGAUGUAUAAAAAUGCAAUACACCCACCAAUGCAGCUACUCGCACAAUUCUGAUGAGUUGUUGAAGUUAGACCUGGCUGAUAAAAAUAAUAAUGAAUCCCUGUAGCAGUACCUUUGAAUAAAAUGUUGCGUUCAAUUGAUUUCAGCAUUUAAAUGGCCCAUAUUACACUAUUCUCUAAUCUGUGUUAUAAUGAUUUUAAUUACUUUUACUCAAACAUGUGUGAAUGAAACAAAACACAACUCCAGGUCUGUUUUUGAGGAGGUAACAACAUUAUAACAUGACUUAAAGCUCACAAGAGUCAAUUUGAGUGAAGGGGUCGAUAAUGAAAAUUGGUAUAAAACCUUUCUGUAGUUACUAAACCAAAAAUAACUCGACCUGUGCUGUGCCGCUCAUCAAUUUACGUAGACGUGGUUGGAAAAUAUUGAAAAUCGAAAGUAUUAUGUUUGUGAUAUGAAGGGAACAGACUCGACGCUUAUUCCAAUGACAUUCUUUAUACUUUUUCGUAAUUUUAUCUAUAGAGACGCCAUAUUUCGUUUUAACAUGCUACCUACCUAUAUAUGUUUAUGUAUUCAGUUUCAAAGGUGCACUAUUUAACUUUUCUGUCGCCCGCUGGUCUCCAUGGUGUUUUUAUUGUUUGUCUAGAAUGCUCCGCAGUCUGGCAUUAAACUAAACUAAUCUUUAAAUGUUUUUAUUGCUGCAACUUGAACAUCGUAAAUGGUAAAGGGUCACAUUUUUACAUAGCGCUUUUCCACCUUCAACACACUCAAAGCGCUUUACAUCAAGGAACCACUCAUCCGUUCAUACACACAUUCAUACAGGUGAGGUGGGUUAAGUGUCUUGCCCAAGGACACAACAACAGCAUUCAUCUGUGGGAACUGGAAUCACACCGUCAACCUGUGCGUCAAUGGAUUUGACCGCUCGACCGAUGACGUUUAUAUCGACAUGCGCACAUCUUUACCUUGAGCAGGCUCUCCUCCACACAGAUAUGACUUGUAACUUGGCCCAGUCAGUCAUUAACACCUCAAUAGAGACGAGCAAGAAAGGUUCCAUGAUGCACCUUUAAUAAGUUCUAUUCCUCAAGUAUCUUAAUGAGCUGUUCUUUGUGCUGGGCAUAACACAGUCUGUAAUAAACAUUUUC